GUCGCGCAGGCGGUCAAGGUCAACUCCCUUCCCGGAGAGCCCGUGCUGGGCGCCACUAUGGGCGGCGGCGGCCUGUUUGCCUUCGUGGAGUUCCGCACGGCGGAGGAGGCUGCCAAUGGGCUGCGGCUGAACGGUGUUGAGCUCCUGGGCUGCCAGUUGAAGGUUGGGCGACCGAAGGGCUACGCCGGCCCCGAGUCGGCGGGCGGCGGCCAGCUGGCGCUCACCGGCGGAGCGCCCG